AGUACUUCGCGAGCUAUUCUUCUGUGUUGAUCUCCUCUUUGGGUGGAUUUAACUAUAAUUUCAUUCGACAAAAAUCAGAAAAAGGACAUCGAAAAUUCUGUAUCAAGGACAGUUAGAACGUUUGAUAUUUUCGUUUAGUGGCGCAGUGUGGUGUUUAUAUAGUUGGAGGAAUUAUAUAAUAUUCCUCUCAGGUAAUUAUUACCGAGAACACGGUGUCUGUAUAAAAACAUUGGUGUUAAAUACAACAGAUUAAUCGGUUUGGAUAGUUUAAAAAAGAGUUUUUAGGAAGUGCGGGUUAAAUUAAGUGUGUCGAUUCCGUUGGUAACGCAAUUCUUUUGGAUUUGUGUGAAUAGAAAAAAAAAAUUGUUGGAAUGAGGGCAGUUUUUCAAUUGUUGGCAAUCUUGCUGACAGUCAAUAUGACAUUGGCAGGGUCUUCAAUUUUGGAUAAGAUUAAGGAUGACCCUGAGUUAUCGCAGUUUUACGAUCUACUCGAAAGAAAUCAAGUGGCAUUGGCUAAUCUGAACCUGCGAGCGAUAACAUUAUUUGCACCGACAAAUGAAGCAUUUCAGAGUUACAACUUAACUGCUAAUUCCCAGUAUCAUGUCCAGUAUCAUAUGUCAACCACAGCAGUCACACUAGAUCAACUCGGAAAAUCAAUUAUAUCCGACUUUGAUGGAAAUCCUCCAUUGUAUAUUACAAAACGAAGAAAAAACAAUCAAGACUACAUCUGGGUGAAUAAUGCCUUGGUCAUCCGGUCUCGAUCAAAUGUGCAGAUGCAAAACAGUAUGGGUAAAAAACAGAUAUUGCACGUUAUUGAUGAAGUGCUCACACCAUUGACCAUCACUCAGUCAUCAUCACUUGACGUGUUCAAUCCAGAUGCAUUCCAAUUCCUUACCCAUGCUGACAGCUUGGAUAUUGGCGGCCAUCGAAUUAGGUCGUACCGUCAAAAAGUUAUUUCCAAUAAAAAGGAGCCGGUGUUCCAAGCAAACGGUUGGCAUACAUUUUUCAUUCCAGUCGAAGACGGUUUUAAACCACAUCCCCGGCCAGAUAUGAUUGAUAAGAAAGUUAUUGAUGGUCACGUAAUAUCCGAUCAAGUUGUUUUUAUCGCUUCUGCACCGAACGAAGAACCAUUUGAAACAUUAGCUUUUGAUGACAAUAUCAAAGUGACAAUAAGUUUCUUUACACAAGGCGAGGGAAAAAAUCGGAAAACUUAUGUAAAAUCGAACACAGUUGUUGGUGACUCAAAACAUUCCACCGGCGUUGUGAUGGCAGAAAUUGUUCGAGCGAAUAUACCAGUCAGAAACGGAGUUAUUCAUCUCAUUCAACGUCCAUUGAUGAUUGUGGAUACAACAGUAAUGCAAUUUUUAGAGUCUUUCAAGAUUGUAAAUGAAAAAGAAGACGGGCCACUGUUCAGAUUCUACGAAACAAUAAUGGACUUUGGCGGUGAAUUUAUGCAGAAGGUCAAUGGCAUGAAAGACGUUACAUUGUUUGCUCCAAGUAAUGAAGCCUGGAAUGAUCCAAACUUGAAGAAUAUUAUCAGGAACAAGGAAAAAAUGAAGGAAAUUCUGAAUUUGCAUAUUGUUCGCGACCGACUUAACACGGAAAGAAUGCGUCAAACAAAUCCGAAUGUGAUAACCCAAUUCCCUACACUGGCUUUCCGAAAAAAUUUAUAUUUCAACGUAUUGAGCAGCCGACAAGGAAACCAUACGAUUACCGUUGAAGGCGGAGGCGUCAAUGCCACUCUCAUUCAAGCUGAUAUAGCUCAAACAAAUGGAUACGUACACAUCAUUGAUCGAGUGCUUGGUGUACCAUAUUCAACGGUAUAUGAUAAACUGAAGACCGAUCCAAUGUUAAACUCCAGCAAUUUGAUGGGAAUGUUAUCUGGUUUCAAUGCACAGCUCAAUGAUACAACAAGACGUUUUACGUAUUUUGUCCCACGAGACUGGGCAUGGCAGCAAACAGAAAUUGAAUUUCCAUCAACACACAAAAAAUUAUUUAUGCCGGAAUUCAAUUGGCAUGCUCGUGCGAUUCUGGAACGACAUCUUGUUAUUGCGGAUAAAGUUUACACAAUGGCAGAGCUAAAGAAAAUGGGACCCGAUUACAUUGUAUUGCCGACAGCUCGAGAUGCGCUUCAAGUGAAAGUUAAAGAGGAGGAAAAACAUACAACGGACCCAGACAGACAAGGCUACUCGAUUUUUUGGAAUCAUCGAAAUAUUCAUAUCUUUAGACCAGAUGUUGAAUGUACCAACGGCAUUAUACACGUUAUCGAUCAUCCGUUUUUAGUGGAAAGCGAUGUACAAGUAACAGGUGGUAUUUCCCAUUUAAAAUCGACCGAAUCAAUUUUAAUUGCAAACAUUUUAAUGGCAUUCAUAGCUAAGUUAUUUGUAUAAAAUGAUUUUGUAUUUCUACAAUAACAAUAACAAAAAAAACCGUUAGGAAGAGGAAAACUCUUCUUUUUUCUGCUGUUUUGUUUUUCUCGAGAAAUGGAAAACGGUUCACUUGAAUAUUUUUGCUUUAAGGGCGUUAGUGGCUUGUAAUGGUUGAGUGUGCAUUUAAUAUUAGAUUGUAAACAUGAAGUGAAAAUAUUUUCUUUCUGUAUCAGGACACUGAUGAUUUAAUUUUCUUGUCUUUAUUUUUGUAUACUUUUUGUAGAUAUAACAUAUGACUCGUUGGAGUGAAUUAUAACGGUUUACCAAUCGAAAUUGUAUUUUUUUUCAAAUCCAGGCGGAGAAAAAAAAGAAGUCAGAAUGACGAUAAUUGAGACAGUUGGGAUGAAAAGUCGAUCUUUUCCAUCUGUCGAAAGUGACGUUUCAAACGUCAACAAUCUAAAUAUGUACGAAAAGGGUACUCAAGUACUGAUUCAUUAAUCUGAUUGCGCUUAUUAUUCAAUUCAAGAAUACAAACAAUUUUGACAAUUUUCUCAAAACUUUGUACUUGACGUUUAAAACGACAAUUUUGACAGACGGAAGAAGCCGACUUGAUUGUAAUUUAAGUGUCCAUUCCACUCAACAAAAAGUAUUCCGUGAGAGAGCCAGCUGUCAAAUAAACAAAGAAAAAAUUAAAAAAAUUCAAUUUUGUCUCUCACACGGAGUACUUUUUUGGUAAGAGGAAACUAAGCAUUACAAUACAAUAAACUGAACUCGUCAUAGACUCUAUGACAUAGAGUUUUGCCUUUCGUAUUCGAGACGAUGUCAGUUAAUUAUAACUUUCCUUGGGGUACUUGUCAAGAUAUUUGCUUCUCUUUCAACAUCUUACUAUGCGAACGAGAGGAACGAAGACCAGUUCAUUAUAACUUGCCUUGGGGAACUUGUCAAAAUAUUUCUCUUUCAUCAUAACACUCUAUAUUAGUACGUUUCUUCCAUUCUACACGUACGAGUGAGUGAAACGACUACAUUUACGCUUCUUUUGUUGACAACAUGUGGAACGAUGUCGGCCGAACAAAGAAACGAAAUCGACGAAAAGGAGGACCUAAUAAUGAGUUCAGUUCAACAUCAAUCGAUUGAAAAUGUGACUUCUUUAUUUUCUCCAACUGUAAAGUACAUUAAUAUCGAUCCGGAUGUUAUUUCGAUUGGUAAAGCAUCCAAUGAGUGGUGGAAUAAGCAAAUAUUUUAUUGUCAGUGGGUUUACAAUUAUUUAUUUUUUUUAAACCGAAUUUGACUUAAUAGCUCGUCCUUUAAUUUUAUAAUAAUUCCGUGAAUUCGAAAUGAUUUACCUCGACUUGCUUUUUUUUUAAAUAUAUAUUCGUCCAUCUACUCUUAUCAAAUAAUUUUACUCUUUUUAAAUUUUUUUGUUUUCAUGUCGUCGGUGAGUGUAGGGACAAAUUUAAAAAAUUCAUUUAUUAAUUGAAAGCGUUCGUAAAAUUACCAGUAAGCCAUCGUUGAAUUUUUUUUGCAUUAUAAUAGAGCUCCCGAUCGUCUUUUCCAUGACAAUUAAACAUAAAAUUAUUUAUUCAUUCAAAUCAUUUUAUUCGUAAUGAACGGCAAAUUGCAGAGUGGUUUUUUUUCUCCUUAUAUUCAUUUUCCCUGUCAAAUGAAAUACCUAAAUUUUUUUUUUUUUUUACAAAAUAUGAAAUUGCAGAUUGUGGUAUGAUGGUGCGUCCGUUGUGAAAAUAAUUUAUAUUUUUUUAAAACACAAAAAGUUUUCGAUUCAGUCAAAUUUUAGUAAUUAUUUGGAUUAUAUCAAUACAUUCUCUCUUUUUUUCAUUCAAACAAACUGCACUGCUUUCGAAUACAUUUUUGUUUAAAAUAUUCUGAAUAUGGUGCGAUAAUUGGGUACAUUUACUGAAAACGUAAGGUUAUAGCCGAACAAUGUAAAACACCACAAUUUACCCGCUCUUUAUCAAACUUCAUCAAAUGGAAACGCCAAAUUUUCGAUCAGAUGCUCAACGAACAGCUUCACAGUUAGUAGAUUUAAGGCGAUGGUCAUUUAAAGAAAAAGAAAAAGUGAAAGUCAAGGUUACUCGUGUCAAAACUAUGAAGGCCAAAUAGCGUAGCUUUCGCAAGUUUGACAUUUCAAAACCAUUUCAAACCGCCGUGCCGUUUAGAGAGCUCGUGGAAUUUCAUGUAAUGAACGAUUUUCGACCCGCCAGUAAAGCAAUUUUUGUUGUAAGAGUGGAUUUGAUUCCGUUCCAAAGCCAAGUGAAAACCAAAUUCAAUCUGAAUUUAGAAGUGGCGCCACAAAGUUAAAAACGAAUAAAAAUUAUUUGCAAAUGGCAAUUGCAGUUCUCCAUUCUGCUUUAAUCUUUAAUUGUCGUUAAUAAAUGAUAAAUAUCGUUUCCAUUCGCAACCUACAUGGUCUCAAGAGAGAUAGAAAAAAGAAAGAAAAAUAAUGGGAGUGGGAGACACAAUAAAUUACUUUUCAUUUUGUUAUGUACUAUCCGAACAUCUAUUAUGAAAAUUCAGUUGACUAUCCUUUACCGAAUUAUAAAAAAAAAAAUUAUCAGAAAAUCAUUACGGUUGUGAAAAAUGCACUCAUGUUAAUAUCGUGGUAAAAUUGCGGAAAAAGAAAGUCUUUCGACUCGUUGGAUUUUCUUUCUUUUUAUUUAAUUUGUGGGUAUUGUUUCGCUGUGCGGUUUGACGAUGGUGAAAAAAAUAAAAUAAAACGGGUGAAUUGAAUCGAUUUUAAAGGAAGGAUUCUUUGCUAAUCUCCAAUCUGCAUUCAUUCCAUGCUGGCUGCCUCUAUAUGUUUUACAUUUGUAGCGUUUUCAGUGAAUUUCAUUGAAUGACUUUUUAUAUUUUAUGGAUAUGUCUACAAAGAGAGAGAGAGAGAGAGAGAGAAAGUAAGAGCGUAAUUGAAAAUUAUUAAUUCGUCAAAGAAUGUGUAAUUUAAAAAGAAAAUUAAUCUAAAAUAGCGAGACAUAUUUCCACUUAUGUAUUACUUUAAUGUAUUUUUACUCAAAGAAAAAAAAUUAUUUAUUUUUUUACAAAUUAAAGAUUGAAUCGGUUAUGAUGAACAGAAGGAAGAAGAAGUAAAAAAAAAGAAGUCACAGGCUUUGAAUAAAAAGAGAAAUAAUUUUUUUUAGAAAAUCUUGAGUAUAAUAAGUAAAUAUUUUAGCAAUUAGAAAUUAAUUAAAUGAAUGGAAUAAAUAAAUUUAAUUUUAUUGAAAUCACCUUUAAAUUUAUGAUUCAAAGAGGAACAGGAGCAUGAAAACAUUAAAAAAAAAACUCUAUAUUUGCCGAAAAUUGAAAUUUUAGAUUUAAAACUUAUUUAUAACAUCACUAAUUGCCUUUAUAUUCUCAUAUAUAAAUAUAACCGAAUAUGCGUACAAAAAAAGGAAUUACUUCAGAUUCGAUCACAAUAAUUUGGUCAUUCAUUUGUCACCGAAUUGCAACUCCAAAAGAUUUUUUUUAAAGUGUCGGGCUUCGUUUUCGACGAAUUAAAUCAGAAAGAAAUUGGAGAGAUUUCAUUUUCCGUUUCAAAGUUGCUCCGAUGAGACACAUUUUAGCGCCUCUCCUAACCACUUCAGUUGGAUAAACGAAUCCUAUUCAACGGAAACAAAUGUUCAUAAAACAAAAUAUUUUAUGAAAUCAAUAUGGUUCUGAAAACAAUUCGUCCGAUACACCGACAGACGUUGUACUCAAUAUGAUACGAACGAUCGAUAAAUUUACAGGUUCUGCGAAGAGAUUGGGGCUUUUGAAAAUAGUUUUUGUGGUCCCCUUUACCUUCAGUUUGGCUUUAAGUUCAAUUACACUGUGAGACAUUAAUCGAAUUUUUAAAACAAAUUUUGCCUGCUACUACUGGUCGUCCUAAAUAAAUGAUUCGUAAGGUGGUAGUGUCAAUAAACCUUCAAUUACCAUUGAUAAAAUUCAGUUCAAAUCAAGUUUCUGUUUAAUGUAAGUCAAAACAACAUUACUCAAUGAUAAAAUCAUCACAAAUUUGUCGCCAAAUUUGUCGCUCAUUAAGUGAGAAUUUAGUACUCAGGCCGUUUUACAACUGAAUGGAGAAAAGCAACACUCUCAAACUUCCAUUAAAUCGCAUAGAGAUUCAGAGAUGAAUCCAAAAAAAAAAACACCAUGGCGGUGAUGCACACUAAAUUACCACUAAAAUCCAAUUUUAGAAUUUCUCCAUGAAAUCCGUAAAAUAAAAAAUGCGAAAGUUUCCGUGUCUUCACACUUUACAACAGUGAACCCGGUUUUACAUCCCCCGAAUUAUAUGCACAUUAUGAUCGAAUUUAUGAUGCCUAUGUUGGGUUCCAGUCCUCUGUGCUCAUUUCGAAAUAUAUCUAUAAACUUCCCCAAAUCAUUUUCUCUUAAUUACGUAGAACAACCCGGAUUUUCCAACGUUUUAGAAAAUCAGCAACGGGAGUAUUUUGCGAUUAAUUUUAUGAAAACCAUAAUCGGAGAAAACUAAAUUCGAACAAUUUUCAUACCAAACAAAUUGCUGUAAACCUCUCGGUUUUCCAUAUUUUACUACAUUGCUACUAUUCUAUUCAUUAUUCUCGUAUUAUAUUCGUUGUGCAUGUACACACCGUGUAUAUAUAUAUACGUUAUACCGAAAUUGAAAAGUCUUGUCACUAAGUGAUAAUAGCUUUUAAAGUCCCUCAUUAAACACUUAAAACUUUACACAUUUCAUCAUAGAAUAUGCAAAGACGAAAGUUUUCCAAAAACCCAAAAUACCAAAUGGGCAUCACAUAUUUACAGAAUUUACUCCCAGUGCAAUAUAAUGUUAAAAUCUUUUCGAUGCAGAAAUUUUGUUAAACAUUCGAAAUACAUUUUAUAUAGUGUACCGAUACAUUUAUAUUAUGUGAAUCCAUGACGACAACUGUCAUCACUAUGCUGAUUAAAAGUUAGAUGCUUUAAUUAAGCAUCAACUUAACAGCACCCCUCUAAACACCAAAAUAAUUUUUUUUUAAGCUGACAGCAGAACAACAUAACAAGAACAAAACAAAACAAAAAAAUGGAAAACCGAAAAACGUUGUCAUAAGAGACAAUUUGUGGAAAAUAGUUGAACUGUGUGAGUGUGGAAAUAUAUUGCAUGUACACCACACAUAGCUUAAAACACGAAACAUUUUCACUUUUCGAAUACUAAUAAUGCAAAAUCAUCCACACAACAAUAUAUUAGAAAAAAAAAAGUAAAUAUAACAAAAAUAGUUAAUAAAACUGAGUCGUUGUAACAAAAAGAAGCCGUACCAAAUCAGAACUUUGCAUGAGUGAGCUUAAAAAUGAAUUACACUUAAUCGAUAGUUAAGCGCUAAAAACAAAA